GGCAUUUGGGGCUCAGAGCGUUCGCAGGCAGCUUGGCAGCAUGAUCAAUGGCAAAUUUUAUACAGGGCUGCCGCCCAAAAUGGUGGAACGAGAAUGUGGCAACGGACGCAAUCGUCAAGAGUCGCACUUCUUCUGGCCCGAUGACACCCGCGUCGAUAGUGCCUUGGAGACCCGAGUGAAGCGAAGGAACAGUCUGCAACUGGAGACGGAACGACCACGUGUGGGGCAUGUGCAACGAGUGAACUCGUUUCAGGCGGAUGCCUCAAUGCCUGAAGUGGAUACGCGUCAAAUGUUCCACAAGGAAUUCGCCAAGUCCUCCAUACAAUUCUAUGACAAUUUGCAGCCCAGCCAGGGCAACAGCAGCAGCACCAGCAGCAACAAUCGCUCCCGUUUGCCGUGCCACAGGCGACGCGAAGUGACGCCCAAACUGACUGAUGUUGACACCGUGCCACGCCCACAGCCACUGCCGCCCAUCAAAGAUGUCGAUGAGAUCGAUCCGAGUGCGGCGAAACGUAAACAAGCCUACAGUUCCACAAUACAAUUCUAUGAUUACGUCAACGGCAAUGAAGGCAAACCAACGCAGAACAACACAAGACGUCCCAAAAUGGACAUGAACAACAAACGUGAAAUGGAACUCAACUCCAAGAACAGUCCCAAGUUGCAGGUGAAGCACAAUGUGCGUCAUUUGAGCGUCGAACGGGAGCAACAAUUGCCGCCGCUCGUCACCAAGAAACCCCUCAACGAUGGCCAGCAAUGGCAACGGGAGCAAUAUGAACCUAUCAGACGAGUGCCCAAGAAAAUACUCAAGCAACCUCCGAUUGAAGUUGUGGAUGAUGUCCACUUGGAUUACGUGGAGAAUGGCAUGCGGUUGCUGCGAGUGCGGAGUCCAAAGCAUGUCACCUACAACGAGGAGGCAGCCGAGUAUGCCUACUAUGAGCCAGACGAGCGUCAACCGAGGCAGUUGCAACCAAAUAUGCGCACAGGAAGUGGCCAACAGCAACAGCAACACAAACAUCAGCAACACCAACAACAGCAACAGACAGCUCCAUAUGAGGAAACUGGUCGCGAUAUAAAAUCAUUAAAUAACUAUAAUAAAAAAAGUCACAAUAAUUAUAACGAAUACAGCAACAACAACAACAGCAGCAAUAAUCACGACAGGGCCACACGGAAAGUCUCGCCAAAAAUAUUGCCGGAGACAACGAUGAGAACAAUGAGAGCUCAGCACAAUUUUGAUGACACACGAGCAACAUCAGCAACGACGGCAGCAACUGUUGCCGCUGCUGGUGUGGAGGCGUCGUCGCUGUCUCUUUCUGACCCACGCAAACACCUGCGCAGCAGUCUCUGCUUCAACGGCGACGCUUUGGUUGUUGAUGUGGGUGCCACCGCUGUGCAGUCGACGUCGAAGUCGGCACUUGCGCGUCGCAGUUCGGCCGGGCAGCGUGUCAGCGUCGGUUUGCCAGACUGAGAUGGCAACAAAAACAAAUAAAAUAAAAACAUACACGCAACGUACACUCGCCGAAAAAGUGUGGUGCUAAAUUCAAGUGCAGACUGAAGACAAUUUUGAAUGUUUUCUGCUUCAAAUUCCAAGAUCAAAUCGGCUAUAAAUAUGAAAUACUUAUGCAUAAUUCUCGAUUUCAAAAUGCACAAUUGAAAACUCAAACAAUAGUUGAAACCAAUCCAAAAUGCUCAAUUUAAGCAUAAAUGGAAUAAGUUCAAUAUUUAAGAACUUUAAUUCUUAAUUUAAUUCUUCUUACAAUUUCAAUCAUAAAUCAAUUUUAAAUAACUCUUGAUUUCAAAAUGAUUAAUGUUUUCGUCUCAAGAUUUCAAGCAUAAAUCGAUUUUAAACAUUCUUAAAUAAUUAUGCAGUAUAUUUGAAUAUAUAUAUAUAUAUAUAUAUAUAUAUAUUAAGAAUCAUAAGUAAUCAUACUUCAAAUAAUUCAGUUAUUUUUUUAUGAAAUAUUUUGCUGACGGAAUACUUUGUGGAACUUUUUCUUCUUAAAAUAAAUAUGCAUAAUUCUGAGUUUCAAAA